AUGCCGAAACGCAAGAGCAAUGCCCCAGAGGCACUAGCAAACAAGCGCGCAAAGCUCGGCGCAGCCUCGAAGUCACUCGAGGAGUACUCCCUCAAGCCAAACACUUUACGAGACCGAGAGCGUACUGCCGCUAUAGACGAAGAAAAGAGGGCACAAAUCAAGGAGUAUACGAGUUUCGAAAGCCUCGCUAAAGAUAAGCAACAGGAACUUAUCGAGGGCUGGAGAAAGAUACAUACAAAGGAGUAUGAUCAAAAAGCUAUAAAGAAGCAGACUGGAAAGAGUACAACACUUCCUCCCGAUAAGCAGGCAAAGAUUGAUGAAGCCGACUGGUUUCUCGAACUCGGCGAUAUCGACUCUAAGGAACGAUUAACAUUCCAGAAAGAAGACCAGAUUAAGUGGGAAUAG